AUGUGGAUCACUCUGCAUGUAUGUCUAUAUCUGACCUUUAACUGUAUCUCUGUAUCUUCAAUGAGAAGCUCAGGCUUCUGUCAGCUUCAGGGACACUUCAAGUUAAACGGGAUGUACCAGGAUGGAGAUCUUAUUAUCGGAGGCCUGUUUGCAUUUCAUCUCAUCACAGUGUUCCCAGAACUGAGCUUCAGACAAGAACCGGAACAACCGUACUGCCAGCGAUUCUAUAUGGCAGCCUUUCAGCAGGCACAGGCUAUGGUUUUUGCCAUAAAUGAGAUCAAUAAGAAUCCUAAGCUGUUGCCUAACAUCACCCUUGGUUAUCAUCUGUAUGACAACUGUAUUAAAGUAGGAGUGGCAUUACGGGCUGCAACAGCUUUGGUCAGCGGGACAGAAGAGUCUCUCUCCGAUUUCAACUGUACUGGACCACCACCAGUGAUUGGAAUUGUAGGUGACCCAAGUUCUACUCACUGUAUUGCAAUCUCCAGUGUGCUUGGCCUGUUUCGAAUACCUAUGGUUAGCUAUUAUGCCACCUGCUCCUGUUUGAGUGACAGAAAAAAGCACCCGUCCUUCUUCAGAACUAUCCCCAGUGAUGCCUUCCAGGUGAGGGCUAUGAUGCAGAUCUUGACACAUUUUGGAUGGACAUGGGUCGGUCUCCUUUACAGUGAUGAUGAUUAUGGCAUCCAUGCCGCUCAGUCCUUCCACCAAGAUGUGCAGUUGUUUGGAGGGUGUGUGGCUUUCUCUGAAAUUCUUCCACGCUAUAACAACUACAAAGAUAUACAGCGCAUAGUGGGAGUGAUUCAGGCCUCUACGGCUAAAGUGGUGGUUGUUUUCUCCACUGUAGCUUAUGUCGUGCCUUUAAUGGAUGAGGUGGCCCUGCAGAAUGUGACGGGCAGGCAGUGGAUCGCAAGUGAAGGUUGGGCCACCUCUCCCUUGUUUCACACUCCUCGUCUCCUGCCCUUCCUAGGGGGCACACUGGGAAUCGCCAUCAGACGUGGAGAGAUCCAGGGACUUAGGGACUUUUUGCUACGCCUGCGUCCUGACAAAAAUCCAAGAAAUAAUAUUGUUACAAUCUUUUGGGAAAAUGUUUUUGGGUGCAGAUUUGACAUUACAGACAGUGGGAAAGAAAAAUCGUGCACAGGGACAGAGGAUCUGAGCAGCAUAAACACAGCAUACACUGAUGUAUCAGAGCUGAGAGCCGCUUAUAAUGUGUAUAAGGCAGUUUAUGCUCUGGCACAUGCACUUCAUGACCUGAUGCAGUGUGAGGAGGGGAGAGGACCAUUCAGUGAGAAUACAUGUGCUGACAUAAACAACCUGCAGCCCUGGCAGCUGGUCCAUUAUCUACAGAAAGUGAACUUCGCCACAGGUUUUGGGGACCGUGUGUCAUUUGAUGAGAAUGGAGAUGCUCUUGCCAUCUAUGAUGUGAUGAACUGGCAGCCGAGCUCUGAUGGGUCCAUCAUUGUCCGAACAGUCGGUGUGGUGGAUGAAGGAGCGGCAACAGGGAAAGUGCUCACACUGAAUGAAGAUGAAUUAUACUGGAACUUUGACACUAGAAAACCUCCGCGGUCUGUGUGUAGUGAGAGCUGCCCUCCAGGCACCAGACGAGCCAGAAGAAAGGGCCUUCCUGUCUGCUGCUUUGACUGCCUGACAUGUGCAGAUGGAGAGAUUUCUAACAAAACAGAUACUAUUGAGUGCACAGUGUGUCCAGAUGAGUUCUGGUCCAAUCCAGAUAAGGAUCAGUGCAUCUCUAAAGAAGUGGAGUAUCUGUCAUUUGGAGAGCCUCUGGGCAUCUCUCUGACCACUGCUUCACUACUCGGCACCUGCUUCUGUUUUGUGGUGGUUCUCAUCUUCGUUCAUCACCGUAACACUCCUAUAGUGCGCGCCAAUAAUUCAGAGCUCAGCUUCCUGCUGCUGCUGUCACUCAAACUGUGUUUUCUGUGUGUGCUGCUGUUUAUUGGUCGUCCACAGUUGUGGACAUGUCAGUUAAGACAUGCUGUGUUUGGCAUUAGUUUUGUUCUGUGCGUCUCCAGUAUUCUGGUCAAGACUAUGGUGGUAAUAGCCGUGUUCAAGUCAUCUCGACCAGAAGGUAAAAGUGCAAUGAAAUGGUUUGGAGCAGCUCAACAAAGAGGCACAGUCUUGGUACUAACUGCUGUCCAGGUUAUAAUAUGUGCAGUCUGGCUAUCAAAUGCUUCUCCAACACCACAUAAAAACACCCAGUACAUCAGGUCUAAAAUAGUGUAUGAAUGUGCUGUUGGUUCAGUGGUUGGGUUUGCUAUGCUGCUGGGAUAUAUCGGACUUUUGGCAGCUAUAAGCUUUCUGUUAGCCUUUCUGGCAAGAAACCUUCCUGAUCAUUUUAAUGAGGCCAAGUUCAUAACAUUCAGCAUGUUGAUCUUCUGCGCUGUGUGGAUCACAUUUGUUCCAGCAUAUGUCAGCUCACCAGGGAAAUAUGCAGUGGCUGUGGAAGUUUUUGCCAUCCUGGCUUCUAGUUUUGGAUUACUGGUGUCUAUUUUUGCACCAAAGUGCUACAUCAUCAUCUUACAUCCAGAAAAAAACACUAAAAAAGCCCUCAUGGGAAGAGGUUUUGGUGAGCGGGUCAAACAGAGAUCAAGAGAGAGAGAGAGAGAGAUGUGGAUCACUGUAAACAUCUGCCUAUAUCUGUGCUUUACCUGUAUAUCAGCUGCCUUCAUCCCCAGCUCAGAAUCUUGUCAGCUCCUGGGACACUUCAAAUUGAACGGAAUGUACCAGGAUGGAGAUUUUGUUAUUGGAGGCCUGUUUGAGGUUCAGAGUGUCAAUGAAUUUCCAGACCUGAGCUUCAGAAUGGAGCCAGAACAACCGCAGUGUGAAGAAUUCUACAUGAUAUGUUUUCAGGAGGCACAGACAAUGGUUUUUGCCAUAAAUGAGAUUAAUAAUAAUCCCAACCUGCUCCCUAACAUCACGCUUGGAUACAAAAUCUAUGACAACUGCUCACGGCUUGGAGUGGCAUUACGUGCAGCCACAGCUCUGGUUAGUGGAAAAGAAGAGUCUCUCUCACAUCUCAACUGUACGGGACCACCACCAGUGAUAGGAAUCAUUGGAGAUCCAGGUUCAACUAACUCUAUAGCCAUCUCCAGUGUCCUAGGCCCUUUUAGAGUGCCUAUGGUGAGCUACUUUGCCAGCUGUGCCUGUUUGAGUGACAAGAAAAAGUACCCGUCCUUCUUCAGAACUAUCCCCAGCGAUGCCUUCCAGGUGAGAGCUGUUGUGCAAAUCUUGAGACAUUUUGGAUGGACAUGGGUCGGCCUCCUUUACAGUGAUGAUGAUUAUGGCAUCUACGCAGCUCAAUCCUUUCAUCAGGAGAUGCAGCUGUUUGGAGGCUGUGUGGCUUUUUCUGAGAUCCUGCCGUAUGAUAACAACCAGCGAGAUAUUCAACGAACAGUAGAAGUUAUUCAGACCUCCACAGCCAACGUAGUAGUAGCGUUUUCAAAUUACUUAAAACCCCUAAUGGAUGAGUUGGUGUUGCAAAAUGUGACAGGAAAGCAGUGGAUUGCAAGCGAAGCUUGGACCACAACACCUAUAUUACACACUAAACAUUAUCUGCCUCUACUGGGGGGGACAUUGGGUAUCACCAUCCGACGAGGAGAGAUCCAGGCUCUGCUAAGCCUCCAUCCUGACAUCAAUCCAAAAAAUAAUAUGGUGAGAAUCUUCUGGGAGAAUAUGUUUGGGUGCAAAUUUAAAAGUGAAGCCAAUAAGGAGGAAAAAGUGUGUACAGGUCAAGAGGAUCUGAACAGUACAAACACAGCAUACACUGAUGUAUCAGAGCUGAGGGGGCCAUAUAAUGUGUAUAAGGCAGUUUAUGCUCUGGCACAUGCACUUCAUGACCUGAUGCAGUGUGAGGAGGGGAGAGGACCAUUCAGUGAAAAUACAUGUGCUGACAUGACAUAUUUACAGUACUGGCAGCUGCUUUACUACCUACAGAAAGUGAACUUCACCACAGGUUUUGGGGAUCGUGUGUCAUUUGAUGAGAAUGGAGAUGCUCUGGCCAUCUAUGAUGUGAUGAACUGGCAGCCGAGCUCUGAUGGGUCCAUCAUUGUCCGAACAGUCGGUGUGGUGGAUGAAGGAGCGACAACAGGGAAAGUGCUCACACUGAAUGAAGAUGAAUUAUACUGGAACUCUGAGACAAGAAAACCUCCGCGGUCUGUGUGUAGUGAGAACUGCCCUCCAGGCACCAGACGAGCCAGAAGAAAGGGCCUUCCUGUCUGCUGCUUUGACUGCCUGCCAUGUGCAGAUGGAGAGAUUUCUAACACAACAGAUUCUACUGAGUGCACGUUGUGUCCAGAUGAGUUCUGGUCCAAUCCAGAAAAAAAUAAAUGUGUCCCAAAGGAAGUGGAGUAUCUGUCCUAUGAAGAUCCGCUGGGCAUCUCUCUGACCACAGCAUCCCUUAUAGGCACCAGUUUCUGUGCUUUUGUAAUUGUCAUCUUCACUUAUCACCGCAACACUCCUAUAGUGCGCGCCAAUAAUUCAGAGCUCAGCUUCCUGCUGCUGCUGUCACUCAAACUGUGUUUUCUGUGUGUGCUGCUGUUUAUUGGUCGUCCACAGUUGUGGACGUGUCAGUUAAGACAUGCUGUGUUUGGCAUUAGUUUUGUUCUGUGCGUCUCCAGUAUUCUGGUCAAGACAAUGGUGGUAAUAGCCGUGUUCAAGUCAUCUCGACCAGAAGGUAAAAGUGCAAUGAAAUGGUUUGGAGCAGCUCAACAAAGAGGCACAGUCUUGGUACUAACUGCUCUCCAAGUGGCAAUAUGUGUUGUCUGGUUAUCAACUGCAUCUCCAACACCCCAUAAAAACAGUCAAUAUAUUAGUUCUAAAGUAGUGUAUGAAUGUUCUAUUGGUUCAGUGGCUGGAUUUGCUGUGCUUCUAGGUUACAUUGGCUUUCUGGCGGCUGUAAGCUUCCUGUUAGCUUUCCUUGCAAGAAACCUUCCUGAUAGUUUUAAUGAAGCAAAGUUUAUUACCUUCAGCAUGUUGAUAUUCUGUGCUGUGUGGAUCACAUUUGUUCCAGCAUAUGUCAGCUCACCAGGGAAAUAUGCAGUGGCUGUGGAGAUUUUUGCCAUCCUGGCCUCCAGUUUUGGAGUAUUAGUGGCCAUAUUUGCCCCAAAGUGCUACAUCAUCCUUUUACGUCCAGAGAGAAACACUAAAAACGCUUUAAUGGGAAGGGAAACACAACAGAAAUAG